AUGUCAUCAGACAUAUGUCGAGCAAUAAUGGAUCCAUCUAGUGACAAUCUUGAGCAUGAGGUCACAGUUGUGGCGGUGGCAGAUGCUAGGGAGGUAGAGGAAGGAAGAGUCUUCCGUAACAAGGAGAUAAUGAAAUUGAGCUUGUCGUUUUAUGCAAUCCAGAACAUGUUUGAGUACGUGGUUGUUCGGUUCGAUAAGAAAGACUAUCUUGUAAAAUGUACACGUGAUGAGUGUAAUUGGAUAUGUAGAGCAUCGAAGCUAGCCAAAACAGAUAUGUUUAAAAUCAGACACAUUGCAGAAGGUCACAUAUGUGCUUCAAACAUCGUACUCAGUACUCAUAGGCAAGUAGCAAAGACGGUUGUGUCAACUUGCAUUAAGUAUAAGUACACAUCAUCGCGCACAAUAUACACACCGAAUGAUAUACGCAACGACAUGCUGCAUACAUACGGAGUAUCUUUGAAUUAUGUCCAAGCUUGGCGAUCUCGAGAAGAAACUCUGAAAGUGCUUAGGGGUGAUCCAACCGAUUCAUUCAAUAAGAUACCAGCCUUUUUUUUUGUGAUACAACAAACAAAUCCUGGAUCAGUGACAUGUCUAGAAAUUGAUGGUCACAAUAGGUUUAAAUAUUACUUCAUGGCACUAGGUGCAUCUAUACGGGGAUGGAAACAUUGUAGGCCAGUUGUUGUGGUUGAUAGCACCUAUCUAAAUGGACACUAUGGUGACACCUUAUUCACGGCAUGUACACAAUAUGCAAAUAACAGCAUUUAUGUACUUGCUUUCGGGAUUGGGGAUAACGAGAAUGACAGCUCCUGGACAUGGUUUUUUAGACAGUUGAGAAAAGCAUAUGGGGAUAGAGACAGUUUGUGCUUCGUGUCGGAUCGUCACAACAGCAUCAAAAAGGCGAUUGAAAACGUGUAUCUGGGAGCAUGUCACAGGAUAUGUUCUUACCAUCUACUACAAAAUCUAAAAUCACGGUACGGGAGAUCAGGACAAAACAUAACACAAGCAUUCAAUGCAGCUGUUCGCACCUACACACUAUUGGAAUAUGAAUAUUACAUGCAACAACUUGGGUCGAUUAAUCAGAAGAUAAGGGGUUAUCUGGUACUAUACUAUAUGUUGUCCUAUGAUGAUAUUCACAUAAAUACGUUUAACAUGGACAAAGUUGGACCUGAGAGAUGGUCACGUAUCCACAUGCCUUCAAACCGGUAUUCUACAAUGACAUCGAAUAUUGUGGAGUCGAUUAAUGCGGUCACAAAGUCUGCCAAGAACUACCCUAUUCUAGCUUUGUUGGAGUCAUUGAGACAAAUUCUACAAUCUUGGUUCUGUAGACACAAGGAGGAUGCCCAAGGCACUUUUACAACCUUGUCAAUCAAGUAUGAGAAGAAGAUGAGGGAAAUGAGUACAGAUAUAAGAAACUUGAGGGUUUCACCCAUUAAUCAGGCAAUGUUCUCAGUUAGCGGUGAAAGUUCCUCCUUCGUUGUUGAUAUAGAAAAUCGGACAUGCAUAUGUAGGAUGCUUCAAGUUGAUCAACUACCUUGUCCACAUGCUUUGGCUGUGUUUGCGAGUAUGAAGAUGGAUCCAUAUGAAUACUGCUCCUACUACUACACAAGUGAAGCGUUCAGAAAUACAUACCAAGAAACCAUUUUUUCGGUAGGAAAUCCAGCUGAAUGGACAGUGCCAAAUGAUGUCCAUGACAUAGUUGUAAUUGCACCUAAUCAAAAGCGAAGUUGUGGAAGGCCUACUGAGAAGAGAUUCAGAGCAGCGUACGAGGAAAACAUAACCGUCAAAUGUGGUCGGUGUGGUGAAAGUGGUCACAAUCGUAGAACAUGCAGCAGCUUAGUUCCGUUGAGUCAAAGCAACAAGAAUAAAGAGAGGAGGAUGAUGAAGGACUGGAAAUGCACAUUGAUAAAAUUUUUAUAA